CCGCAUCUGGCGGCCGCGGAGCAGGUGGGACGCUCGCAGGUGUCCCCGCCCCGGCGGGGAGGAGCGCGCGGCGCGGGGCGGGGCGCUGGGAACCUGCGGGCAGGUGCCACCGCCGCCGCGCUGGGCCGCCGAACUCUGGCGCCCGGCAUGAGCUUCAUCCGGAAAAAGGGCUUCUACAAGCAGGAUGUCAACAAGACGGCCUGGGAGCUGCCCAAGACCUACGCGUCCCCGACGCACAUCGGCAGUGGAGCCUACGGCGCCGUGUGCUCCGCCAUCGACAAGCGGUCAGGGGAGAAGGUGGCCAUCAAGAAGCUGAGCCGGCCCUUCCAGUCUGAGAUCUUCGCCAAGCGGGCCUACCGCGAGCUCAGGUUGCUGAAGCACAUGCAGCAUGAGAACGUCAUCGGGCUCCUGGACGUCUUCACCUCAGCCUCCUCCCCACGCAACUUCCAGGACUUCUACCUGGUGAUGCCCUUCAUGCAGACGGACCUGCAGAAGAUCAUGGGCAUGGAGUUCAGUGAGGACAAGAUCCAGUACUUGGUGUACCAGAUGCUCAAGGGUCUCAAGUACAUCCACUCUGCCGGCAUCGUCCACAGGGACCUGAAGCCCGGGAACCUGGCCGUGAAUGAGGACUGUGAGCUGAAGAUCCUGGAUUUUGGGCUGGCCCGGCAUGCGGACCCUGAGAUGACUGGCUACGUGGUGACGCGCUGGUACCGGGCCCCUGAGGUCAUCCUCAAUUGGAUGCACUACAACCAGACAGUGGACAUCUGGUCUGUGGGCUGCAUCAUGGCGGAGAUGCUGACGGGGAAAACCCUGUUCAAGGGAAAAGAUUACCUGGACCAGCUGACCCAGAUCUUCAAAGUGACCGGAGUCCCGGGGGCUGACUUUGUGCAGAAGCUGAAGGACAAAUCGGCCAAAUCCUACAUCCAGUCCUUGCCCCAGACUCCCAAGAAGGACUUCACUCAGCUCUUCCCACAUGCCAGCCCCCAGGCCACUGACCUGCUGGAGAAGAUCCUGGAGCUGGAUGUGGACAAGCGCCUGACGGCUGCGCAGGCCCUGGCCCACCCCUUCUUUGAGCCCUUCCGGGACCCUGAGGAGGAGACAGAGGCCUCGCAACCCUUCGAUGACUCCCUGGAGCACAAGAAGCUCACGGUGGACGAGUGGAAGCAGCACAUCUACAAGGAGAUCAUGAACUUCAGCCCCAUCGCCCGCAAGGACUCUCGGCGCCAGAGCAGCAUGAAGCUGCAGUGACUGCCCGCCCGCCGCCUGGACGCAUACUGGUCACCAGUGACCCUCAACUCUUCUCGAAAUAGAGCACUCCAGGCAGAGGACAGAGUGCCUGCCGUGGGCGCUGUGGCUGCGGAACUGGAAGAUGUCCAUGGAGGCGGCUCUGACCACCCGAGCUGUGCUGCGUUGGGCCGGUGCACGGGGCCUCUCCUUCCCCACUGCAGCAGGACAGGGGCCGAGCUGGCCAGGGCUCUGUGACAGGGCUGGAUCAGUUUCCUAGGCUGCUGUGAUACCAUGUUGGGGCUUAAACAGAAAUCUGUGCUCUUACAGUUCUGAAGUCACAGGCUGUGGCUGCUCCGAAUGGCCUGGAAGAGCCCUGGCCUGCCUCCUCUGAGCUCCUGGUGGCUCUGGGCCCUCCUUGGCUCUCCUCAGCUGCAGCUGCCACUCUGGUGUCUGCUGUCUAUUCCUCCCUUUCUUGUCUCUGUCCUUUUGUCCUCUUGUAAGAACAGUGGUCCCUGCACUUCGGGCCCACACCAAUCCAGUAUGAUCCGGUGUUGGUCCCCCACGAAUCACAUCUGUGUGUAAAAACUUUAUUUCCAAAUAAAGUCAUUUUCUGAGGUUCA